AUGCGGCGUAUUCUGCAGCCUGAUAGGGUUGUAAUUUCUUGCGAAUUAUUCCAAAUAGAGUUCUAUAAGAAGUACUUUCCCAGUUCAGUCAGAAAUGCCAAGGAACUUAAACUGCUUCAGCUAAAACAAGGCCAGAUGACUAUUACUGAGUACACUAGCAGGUUUGAGAAAUUAUGUCAUUUUUCACGGAUUUGUCAAGGAGCUAUUGAGGAUUUUGUUGAGUGGAAAUGUAUCAAAUAUGAGGGGGGCCUUCGAAGUGAUAUUCUGAGUCUUGUUGCACCUAUAGAGAUCAGGAUGUUCUUUGAACUCAUGAACAAGAGUAGGGUGGCUGAGGAGUGUGUGAGAAAGGCUGCAGCAGAGAAGGGAAGUAUGAGAAUGCCUUUACAGAGGACUCCAGAGAGGAAUUUUACAACAAGGGGCAGGCAAUUCAAGCGUGGCAGCUUUGUCCCUCAGAAUAAUCAGGUGCAGAGUAACUUCAGAAGGCCGAAUGCUAAUACUAAUCAAAGAAGAAGGUUUGGGAAGCAGCCACAUUUGAGCUGUCACAGAUGUGGGAAGUAUCAUCCAGGAAUUCCAUGCAGGUUUGGGACUGGAGUAUGCUACUUCUGUGGACAACCCGGACACUUGGCCAAUAACUGCCCAGAAAAGAAGAAGUAUGAGACUGGCAGAGUACAGCAGCCAGGGAGAGUAUAUACUACUUCUGCAGUAGCUGCUGAGGGGUCAGAGACACUGAUUAGAGGUAACUGUAAGAUGGCCGAUAAAAUUUUGAAUGCCAUAUUUGAUUUUGGAGCAACACAUUCGUUUAUUGCAUUUGAAAAGACUGAUGAGUUAAGAUUGAAAAUUGUGAUCCUGGGGUAUGAUUUAAAGGUAUAUAAUGCUACCCAUGAGGCUAUGGUGACUAGGUCAAGAUGUCCACAAGUUCCAUUUCGAAUGCAACAGCUUGAAUUCGUGCAUGAUCUAAUUUGUCUACCGAUGACUGGUCUUGAUCUCAUUCUGGGGUUGGACUGGUUAUCCAAGAACCAUGUUCUGCUCGACUUUUCUGAAAAAUCAGUGUGCUUUAUGCCGGAAGACACAGAAGGGCCAGUUGUGGUGAACAUCUAUUACUUGAAUUAUAUGAUGGUGAAUUGUUUUGGGGCUGAAUGUUAA